AUGGGUAUUAAAAUACGAGAAGUGUGGGCGGAUAAUCUGGAAUCCGAAUUCGAACUCAUUUCUACAGUGAUUGAUCAGUACCCUUAUAUAUCUAUGGAUACUGAGUUUCCUGGUGUAGUGAUCAAGCCUGACCGUCGUCGUCUGAGUUUGCGGUCGGAGGAUCAGUACAAGUUGUUGAAGGCUAACGUCGACGUGUUGAAUCUUAUUCAACUUGGUCUUACGUUAUCCGACGUUGACGGUAACCUCCCUGAUUUCGGAUCUAACGGCGACGGUUACAUAUGGCAGUUCAAUUUCUCCGAUUUCGAUGUGGCGCGUGAUCUGUACGCGCCGGACUCGAUCGAGUUACUCCGCCGUCAGGGGAUUGACUUCGAGACGAACCGGGAAGUAGGGAUUGACUCGGCCCGGUUCGCGGAGGUCAUGAUGUCGUCCGGUUUGGUGUGCAACGAGUCGGUGAGCUGGGUGACUUUCCACAGCGCGUAUGAUUUCGGGUACCUCGUGAAAGUCCUCACGCGCCGGGAACUUCCCGGCCGGUUAGAGGACUUUUUGGAGAUCCUCAGGGUGUUUUUUGGAAAUAAAGUUUACGAUAUGAAGCAUAUGAUGAGGUUCUGUAACAGUCUGUACGGUGGAUUGGACCGGGUUGCCAAGACGUUGUCUGUGGACCGGGCGGUUGGGAAAUGUCACCAAGCCGGUUCAGAUAGCUUGCUGACGUGGCAUGCAUUUCAGAAAAUGAGGGAUAUUUAUUUUGUGAAGGAUGGAGCAGAGAGACAUGCUGGGGUCCUGUAUGGAUUAGAAGUUUAUUAGGAAAAAGAAAGUCACUAAUUGUGUCUUAUUAACUGUUAGUAAAUAAAAGUUAUUUAAUUUAUUCUUUU